CGUGCUACUGCAGGUAUGACAGUUCUGUGAAAAGAGAGGCAGGGAGGGUCAGAGAGAAAGAGAGAGAGAGAAAGAGAGAGAGAGAGAGAGAAUACAUCAGAAGUAUUACAUGCUUUCUAAAGAAAGCAAGGACAGCAGUACUGGGUAAGGGGAGGGAUAUGGAUUGAUAAACCAGAAAGAGAAGAAAGUAAAUGGAAAAAGGAUGUUUCUGAGUGCCCUACAGUAGAUGUCUGGCGCAAUACUACAUACCUCUGCCUCAGGUAAGAUGGCACUGAACAACACAGCCACAAUCCUCAUCCAGAUCACCCCCUCCAGCCUCCAUCCAUUUCUCUCCUCCUCUUCCCCUCCCCUCACCUUCAUCAAUGGCACGGCGUCACUGUCACCGGGGCCCAUGGUCGUCCCCGGCAACCAGAGCAUCGUGAGCAGCGCCGGCGCCACAGUGACCGGUGCGCUGAUCCUGGGCCUGGUCUUCCUGCUGGGCGUCCCUGGCAACCUCUUCGUGAUCUGGAGCGUGCUGGCGCGCGCCCGGCGCCGCUCCGUCACCACGCUGCUCAUCCUGCACCUGGCGUGCGCCGACGGCCUGCUCAUGGCGCUCACCGCCUUCUUCGUGGUCUACCUGGUGCGGCGGGACUGGGAGUUCGGCGCCGUGCUCUGCAAGAUGCUCUUCUACCUGUGCUGCGCCAACAUGUACGCCUCCAUCGCGCUCAUCACCUUCAUGAGCCUGCACCGGCUGCUGGCCGUCACCAGGCCCCAGAGCGCCUGGGCCCUGGCCAGCCGUGGGACCGUGCUGAGGAUGCUGGCCGGGGUGUGGCUGGUCGUCCUGGGCCUGUCCGUGCCCGUGCUGGUGUACCGGCAGGAGGUGGAGUACCAGAAGCCCGGGGGGGGUGUGAGGCGCGUGUGCGAGCCGGUGCACAGGCCGGGCGAUGCCGUUCUGCAGUACGGCAUGGAGACGGUGCUGGGGUUCCUCCUCCCGUACAGCGUCAUCGUGGGGAGCUACGUGUGCAUCCUGCGCCGGAUCCAAAAGACCCGGUUCCGCCGGCGCAUCCGCAGUGAGAAGCUGAUCCUGGCCAUUGUCAUCACGUUCUGCAUCUUCUGGUUGCCCUACCAUGUGGUCAACAUGGUACAGGUGGCUGCAGCCCUGGCUGCAGAUGGAUCCCCAAUCAAAAAGAGACUAGACCAACUGUGGAGGUCCGGUCGCACGGUGACGUCGACGCUGGCCUUCAUCAGCAGCAGUGUGAACCCGCUCCUCUACACGUUCGCCGGGAAGUCCUACAUGCGCCGCGAGGGCCUGGGCUUCAUGGCCCGCCUCUUCGAGGCCACCGGACGCCUGGAAGCUUCCAGAAAGAGCCGUCAGAACAGCCAAGAUAGCCGGGACAAGGCGAAGAAGAUGACGAAGGGAGGGGAGGUGAUGGAGGAGGAUGAAGGCGACGGGGAGGAAGGGACCGAGCUCAGGGAGUCGGAAUCGACUACCAGCGCCCACGCCAGCACCCAGAACCGGAUCACGGGACACCAGAGCAAUGGGAAAUGAGAGACUCUAAGGGCCCAGGGGACACCAGAGCAAUGGGAAAUGAGAGACUCUAAGGGCCCAGGGGACACCAGAGCAAUGGGAAAUGAGGGACUCUAAGGGCCCAGGGGACACCAGAGCAAUGGGAAAUGAGGGACUCUAAGGGCGCAGGGGACACCAGAGCAAUGGGAAAUGAGGGACUCUAAGGGCCCAGGGGACACCAGAGCAAUGGGAAAUGAGAGACUCUAAGGGCGCAGGGGACACCAGAGCAAUGGGAAAUGAGGGACUCUAAGGGCGCAGGCUCGUCUGAACCCAUGAGCCCGUUUCCUGGGGGGAUGGAGUGAAUGCAUUGUGUUGAGUGAAGGCAGAAGAUGGAGUUUAUAGAGUGUAAGGUUUUUUUGGGGGGGGGGGGGGUCACCUACGACAGGCUCCUCAGUGGUGGGGGCGGCGGGGGGUGUCACCUACGACAGGCUCCUCAGCGGUGGGGUGUCAUCUACUACAGUGUGUGUGUGUUGGGGGGGAGGGGGGUCACCAUGGUUCAGUAUUCGGCUACUGUGGGGCAACAUCAGCUCUCACUCGUGCAGAGUUCAAAUACCUACAUUAGGUCAGAAAGCCAUUUUGCAGCAGCGACUGAGGGCUUUUUUCACUAAAGACUGGGGCCAGCCUGAGACGUUUAUCACUAAAGACUGGGGCCAGCCUGAGACUGAGACUGGUUCUUGAGCCCUUGUGCACAGCUUCAGUCUUCUGUUUUUAUUAGGGGUUGUAAGAUCGGGGACAUUCACAUAGAACAUCAACGCUAGAAACUUGGCAGAAAGCAAGCAUGUAUUGCUCCACUGGUGGAGUCUUGGACUGCCAUCUUCUUUAGUGUAACUAAGAUUUUAGCAAUUCCUGGAAUUUGUAAAUCAAGUCCUUUAGAAAAUGUUAGCCACUAAACAGAAAAAUGUCAUAUCCUACUAGAAAGCUCUCAUGGUGAAAAAUGACUUGGUCAAUGAAAGACUUAUGUUAGGCACUGGUAACAGCUAUACAGAUGUUAAGGGUUUAAAGCCUGAUGUUAGGCACUGGUAACAGCUAUACAGAUGUUAAGGGUUUAAAGCCUUAUGUGCUGCACUGGUAACAGAUAUACAAAUGUUAAGGUUUGGUGAAAAUGACUGAAGCAGUAUAAAUUAAUAAAAAAAAUAGUUUUUGGAGAGUGAAUGGCAAAACGGUGAGCCGUUUUGUCUGUAAAUCACAAUGGGCUGACAAUGGUCCACUGGCUUUUUGCUAUCAUGGUUUCAAAUAGCCAUACACGUGAAUAAAACGUACAAGAAAAGAAAAGGAAAAAAAGAAGUUGUUGGAAAGUCUUUGAUUAUUUUGCAAAGAUUUGAUUUAUCCAGAGGUAGCUGUAGCGUAUCUGUUGCUAAGGAACCUAAGCUAACACUACCUAUCUGUUUAUACAUUUCUACGGUGUUGUUGUUGCGCUGUGUUCCAUUCAAAAAGCCCCUAGUCCAGGACUGAACUGAGCUAAGGCCACUGGGGCCAUGGUCUCAGUCCAGCCUCAGAGAUGGAAAUAAAGAAAUGCCUGAGGCUUUUCCCCAGACACUGUGUGUGUGUGUGUGUGUGUUUGUGUGUGUGUGUGUGUGUGUGUCUUUGUGUGUGAGUGUGUUUCAGUUAAGGUCAAAUGCCUCAGAGAUGGCAACCAAAAUAUGUCUGAGGCUUUUCCCCAGACACUGGGGUUUUACCCCAGGGUGGAAAUACAUCAUGAGUAUGUUACUGAUCUGGCCCUGAUUUGUUGCCAAUCUUUCAGAACAACAUCAGACCCAAAUCUGUUCAUCAUCGUCACAUAUGACUUGAUACGGGUUGUAAGACCUGCACUUUCAUGGGUUACAAACAUCGGCUAACCUGAGUGUUUCACAGUGUUUUCGAAGGUUGCCAGGUUGGAUUGUAAGAAUUCCUCUGAAUUCCACCUUGUUCUGAGGUGAUAUUUAAUGGUGAAUGUUGUUUUUCUUAUGAUAUAUUUGAUUGUUCCCAUCCCACCCACUUUCUGUGCAAGUUUCACAAUGUUUGACUCCAGAUGUAUAUUUCAUACAUACACACACAUACACAUAUUCACACAUACUGUACAUACAUACAUUUCUACAUACACAUAAA